AUGGAGCUGUGGGGGCCUUUCAACAGUACGAGGCGGCUAUCCUGCAGAAGGAACAGCCAGCGGUCUGGCCACGAACUGGAACCGACGGAAUACGCCAGCGGUGCUUCCUUCCGCUCGUCCGAGCAGCACGAUGGACGGGCUGCGCAACUUCCUCUGCCUGCCUCUUUGACGGCGGCGCGUCUAGAUUUCACCAUUCGACAAGCCCCAGGGACUCUGGAUGCAAGAUUGCCGCCGACUACUCAACGUGCUCGCAAGGACUUGGCAACCCCCCACGAACGCACACCGCGCUUGCUUAGCUCAGUUCGCUUCCAUGUCCAGCAGGAGCUGCUCCCGCUGGCUGCGCCAGCGCGGCCCAGGGCGUUUGGCGACGACACAUACCCUCCAGACCCGUGGGCGUCGCCCCCCGCGGGUCCCAGCAUCUUUCCAAGACGGAAUACGGCUCAGGGCUUCAGCUCUGUCUACUUUGACGUGCCACUCACUCGGCCCCGAGCGGAUGUGAUUCUCGCGCAAGCCUCGCCGCCAUCGAGCCGCUAUGCUGUCCUCCAAUAA